AUGCGUCCCCUGCAGUGUCCCCGGCCAUCUCCUCCGGCCGAUGCCGGCAUCCGGCUUCCGUGUUCCGGUCCCUGUGACUUCGGGACGUACGGCGGCAAAUUUGAAAUUUUUUAAAAAAUGGCAUUUUUUAAAAAAUUAUUAUUACAUAAACAUUGCACAUACAUUUUGUCCCUACUGCUUUGUCCUGUGCCCUGCCUGCAUUUUGACUGUUCUUUCUGCCUGGAAACUUAGAAAAGUCCAUGGCGUCCAAAAAGCGUCCCUUUAGGUCAAAAUCGGUUUUAGACCGGUUAGAGAACAGUGAUAGUAAAUCAGAACCACUUGCUGAAUUGA